AUGAACAGUACUCACCAGUUGUCUGACCCACCAAGCUAUGAGGCAUCGCAAUCGAUGCCUCCAGCCAGGUCAGGGCAAGACCAAGGGGACCCCCCUCCAUAUCACAACUGGCAGGAGGCAGUACCCGAUACAACGGCAUUCCCUCCCCCACCGAUCACAGGAUACUACUGCUCGGGCACUGGGAAUGCAUCCAGCGAUGAGGCAGAGCGGGCUCACCGAUUCUGUGACCAGACACCCCUAUGGCUGCCUGUCAGGCCAUCUCCCCCGGUGUACCGCGGUGUCCAGGAGUGCGAGCUGCGACCCGUUCAACCACGAGAAUUUCGCGGGGAAAUCUCUGCACCCGCUCGAGGCAGCUGGACGGUACGAAGUGUGGAUCGGAACAGCGAUUGUGUGAUCUUGACGCACCUGCCUCUGUAUUUUGCUGCCGAGGACUCACCCUUGAUCCGAGAGCAGGAGAAGAUGAUUUAUUUCGAGAUCAAAUUGCUCGGUCUGCGAGCUGGACCAGGCGGGGAUUCCAGUGGGUUCUCGAUUGGCUUUGCGGCACAGCCCUAUCCUACCUGGCGUUCCCCAGGCUGGGAAAGAGGAAGUCUGGCGGUGUUCUCGGAUGAUGGCUGUCGGUUUGUAAAUGAUUCAUGGGGUGGUCGAGAUUUCACCACGGCCUUCCAUGUGGGAGAUACAGUGGGGUUGGGCAUGGUGUUUUCUCUGUCCGAUGGCCUUGCCACAGGGGAGAAGAAAAGGAAGAAAACAUGCCGGGUCCAUAUCUUUUUCACUCGAAAUGGACAACAAGCUGGGGGAUGGGACUUGCAUGAGGAAGUGGACGAGGAGUCUGGUGGUGCUGAGGGUUUGGAAGGAGACUAUGACCUCUAUGGAGCCAUUGGGCUGUUUGGUGGCGUGGACUUGCAGUCUUGUUUUGACCCUGCAGAGUGGCUUUGGAAGAGAUAG